ACCUUCAACUGGAAUUUGGGAGGAAGGAGCUUAAACCAAUAAAUCACUGACAACAUUUUCCCAUGCAGUGCUUUUGCCGGAAUUACUUCCACUGUGCUAUUCAGUGGUAGCAGCCUGAGUCAUCUUUAAUCACUCCAGUGUGUGACUAAGCUCUUAACCUCUUCUCCCAAGCUCUAUGUGAAUUAUCUUGGUAUCAAAAUAAAGGUAACUCUUGUGAUUCCACCAGAAGUGUAAGUUUCACUGUAGACGUUCCCUAGUUUGGCACUAUAUGUGCCAUUUAAGAUUACUAUGGGUACCAAAUUAUUCAACCCAUUUAUUUUUAUUUACAUGUCACUAUUGGCCUAAAAAAACUUGUUUUGAAUUGGAGAAUAAAACCCUAACCCUACUCAAAAAUCAAUAUAUUUGUGGCUCUGUGCUCUGGAGCAUCAAAGACAACUCUGAGCCUCAGCCUGUUCAGGGCCAUAGUUCUGGCUAACAUUGGCCAAUCUGGGUGAUUGACAGCUUGUCAGAAGGAUGCAAAUGGGUAUGAUGCGGUUUGAUGGACAUUCGCCCUUGUUUUCGGCUCGUGCUGGUUUGAUCAAUUGGUGUUUAAUCUGUGUUUGGUGAACAUAAUAAUGGCUUUUAUGAGCUUUUAUCUGUUUCUGAGCAACAUGUCCUAUUGAUCAAAGGAAGACAUGUUUUGAUAUGUAUGUGUCACACAGAGUCUGCCCCUGGGGCAACAGGGAAGAAGAGGUUUUAAAGUGGUCUGUCUGCAUUUUUUUUUUCAUGAUCCAUACUUGGACCGCAGUGCUUCAAGAACAUCUGUGGAGAGAGCACAGACUCGCAGACUCAUUGAAAUGAAAGAGGGAAAAGCAUGGUGCCUUCGGCUAGUUCUCCUCGUCUUCGUCUUUGUCGCAUACUACUGUUCCAAUGCCCUAUUUCAGAGUUACGUGGGCACGAGCACGCAUCUGAACAGUAGCAAAACACUGUGUGGCGACUGGGUAACCCAAAAGAAGUGGGAGAGCCUUAACUUGAACAUUGGCAGGCGGACGCAGCUCUUUCUGAAAUUGGAUGAUUUCUUCUGGCGGGAGCAUCUUUCAAAGCUGGCAUUACCUUAUGGAAUUAAGGACAGUGAGCUGCUGCUAACAAAAGUUCUUGCUGUAACUGCAAGUUACGAGAUGCCAGACAACAUUGAAAAGCUCGAAUGCAGAACCUGUGCAGUCAUAGGAAAUGGCUUUGCCAUUAAAAACAGCUCGCUGGGGAGCGUCAUCAACAAAUAUGAUGUGGUCAUUCGGCUUAAUAAUGCCCCAGUGAAAGACUAUGAGGAGGAUGUCGGGAACAAGACCACCAUGAGGUUCUUCUACCCUGAAUCAGCCUCCUACGAUCCUGGACUGCACAACGAGCCCGGCACACUCAUGGUCCUGGUGCCUUUCAAACAGCAAGAUCUGCGGUGGCUCAAAGAAAUCCUCUAUAAUGAGAAGAGGGUCAGGAAAGGCUUUUGGAAGCCACCGCCUCAAAUGUGGUUGGGUGACUUUGGUAAAAUCAGAGUGCUGGACCCUCACUUUCUGCAGAAGACUGCAGAGGACCUGCUUCAGAUUCCUCUGUACCCCAAAGGUAAACAGAUGCCAGUGCAUCCUACCACGGGCAUCCUCGCUGUGUUUGUCGCUCUCAACUACUGUGACGUGGUGCACAUUGCUGGUUUUGGUUACCCUAAAUCAAAUACCCAGAGGCAACCCAUUCAUUACUAUGGACGUGACACCAUGAAGUCUAUGAAGAAUUCUUACCAUGACCUUAAUCAUGAAGCUGAGGCCUUAAAAAGACUGGAGGAUUCCGGAGCCAUUUUGUACCUGCACCCACAUUCAUGAUAUACACACACACACACACAAUGAUAAAACACCAAAUGGUUUAUGCAUUUAGUUUGCAUCGUUUUAUUUAAACUGAAUCCAAAUGUGCCUUCUGCUGAGGGAUACAAGACUUAAUGCUGCUGCACUGUAAUAAAGUGGGCCAGUUGUUUACGCUAAAGUAUGUCCACCAAACAUGCUUGUUUAGGCUACUGAUAGAUUCAGAUUGUAAUUGUUAGAAAUACUUUUGUUGUUUGACCAGAAUCCACCAAUAUCCAUUGACACAAACGAUCAUUUUACACUGCGUCACUCGUUUUGUUUGCCUUGCUGUGUGGAUGGACCUGAGCACGUGUCACUGAACGUCACACAGUAACGUCUGAUUACGAUGGAUCAUGAUCAAUUCUAUUACUUAUACAUGUUGGUGUUAGGGCCCAUGUGACAGUAUGGACCAAUUGCUGUAGAGUUACAUAUGGCACAUCUCAGAUUAAUCAAGAAAAUUGACAAUUUGUGUAAUUAUCAA